AUGAUUGUCACCCGGGUUUUAACAUUUCCAAUGACUGAACUAGCUUCAGUUUACUCACAACCCACUAACUGUGCUCGUAAAGCAGAAUUCACUUUGAAGAAGAAAAAACAAAUUCCGCCUCCUAAGUAUUUGUGUGUUCCUGGCUCAUUGGCGUUUGUGGAUAGGAUUUCCAUUGUUGAUAAGUCCAACUCACUAUGCAGUGAAAUCAGAUGUCUGUUUCAAAACAAUGAUAUAGAUUUAGAAGUCGAGACACUGUAUGUUCCGCAAAAUAAUCCAGACUGCACUGAUAUCCAGUCAGAAAUUGGAUUUGAAGGUAAAUCGUUGAAAAUUGGAAAGUCUCGUCGUUUAUUAAAGAAAGAAACAAAACACGAAUGGUUAAAAGUUUCAAAUUGCCGCAUUUUCUGGUCUCACAUUUUGAUGGGUGCAAAUGAAAUUAUUCGAUGUUUGGAGAAUUCUGUACAUAACAAAAAUAACAGAGAUACCCAGGAAAAAAGGAUAUCGUGCGUGUUCGUUGACUCAGGCUGGCUGACAUCACAGUACGGUCACCAUCUGGCUAAUUUGUGUACACUGUUAGAUAUUAGAAUAGUGGCAGUUAAACCGACAGGAUCAUUACCUGAGUUAGUCACUACCAAAUUCAAACCCAUAAAAAAGCUGGCGGUUUUGGGGCUUUGUUCAUCUAAUGAAAUUCCACCAGAUCUCUUUAAAGUUUGUAAACAAAUCGAGAUAGAUUUUCCUAUAGUCGGUCAUAAUACAGGUAAUAUUUCAGCCGUAAUGGCCACCAACGUUCACGAGGCCUCAUAUAAAACGUCCAAUAAUCAUUCAGAAGUUUCUUUACUAGUCGAGAAAAAAGGAGGCUGGGAAGAUGUAGAAAUCAGUUCAGCAUUAUAUGAUUAUGAUUCACCACCUCAUGAAUUUACUAUUACUGAAUUUCAGUCUUACCUAUCUUCUAUCGUUCUUCAGUCAUUUGAAAGCAGAAUUGUUCAUGAUAUGCUUGAUAGUGACAACCAAUCUGAUUUUGAAUACAGUAAUAACUUUUGUGCAUAUAGACCACCUUUGUUAAAACGGGUUGCCCCUCGAAUGGAACGUAAAAGUCGAAAACAAAAAAGGUCUGCAUCACAGUCUAUCAAGAUAAAUGAUUCCGCAUAUCCUGUCAAUGUUCAACCACCAAUUUCAGUCGGGAAAAAGACAAACAGAAGUACAGGUGAUAAGGUAAAGCGAGAAGAGGUGCUACCUAUAAUUGGCUGA